CCGGCGUUCACACCAAGUCCCCGACAGCAUCAGCGGGGUCCGAUCCCAUCCACAGGCGGCAGAGGAGCACAGAAACCCACAAUCUGUCCAGGCAUUUUCAGGCAGCCGAACAGCCAUGGUGAAGCUGGGCAGCAAUCUGUCUGAUAAGCUAGAGAAGCAGCCGUCUGCGGACGACGGCUUUGAUAACAUCCCCCUGAUCACACCCCUGGAGGUCAACCAGCUCCAGCAGCCAUUCGCAGACAAGGUCAUUGUGAAGACGUCAACACAAUAUCAGCUGCAGCAGACGAAGAAGAACAAGCUGUUUGGGCCCAAUAUCAAGAAGCUGAAUAUCAACUUCUACAGGGAUGUGUCAGAUAAAGCCAAGAUCACAGGUCUGAUCCUCAUCAGUUUGGCCUUCCUGACCAGCCUGCUCCUUCUGCUUAUGUACAAAGCCAUGUGGUAUGACCAACUUACCUGCCCAGAGGGUUUCAUCCUGAAGCAGAAGCACUGCACCCCGGCAGCACUGGAGAUGUACUACACAGAGCAGCAGCACCAGGAGCGAGAUGUGCACAGUGGCACGGAAAGCUUCGUGACUGAGCUGCCACCGCCAUGGUUACAAGUCAUCAGCGCUUUGAAGGAGGCAGAGGAGGCCAAACAAGGCAGCGAGCCACUGAAAGGAGUGCUGGAGGGAGGGGAGUGAAGGUGCUGAUGGAAGCGCAGGUGUUAGAGGAGGAAAUGAUAAUCGGAGGGUAGCGUAGGUUAUUUUUGGACUUUGUGUGUGUGUUCAGGAAUUGUUUUUUCUUCCCUCGUGCAGUCCAUUGAAUCACUUGUUUAAACUGGUGCUCUUAAACCUUAAAGGUGUCUAUCUACUGAAAAUUGAAAUCAGCAAUGUAAACUACACCUUUACUCAUCUUCAAUACAGUUAUAUUCUGUUCAUAGUUAAUACAAACUAAAACCCAGCUGUGGCAGUGUGUGAGUAAGGAUGUGUUGUUUGUGUGUGUGUGGUGAGUUGUUGUGGUUAGAAGCAGGAAUGUUAUUAAAGUGUUGGAGAAUGUGCCUGA